UUGUAUCUGAAGAGAGAUGUCAAACUUGAUGGAAUCUUUGGGAUCUUAGGCCCAUCAAAGAUUGAUCAUAUCUACUUCUUUAUAUUAAUCCUCCAUACCCAAUUUAGAGAGAAGGCUGAAGCUAGCUGUUCAAUAAUUCUCAACUUGUGCAAUAUAUGAUGUUUCCUUUACACCAAGGCAAGAAGCUGGUCUUUCAGACUUCAUCUAAUCCUCCCCAAAAGCACACAAUUUCAGAAGAUCGGAUUCUUGGACAUGCCAUUAGCACAGGGAAAAGCCGCCGGCGGAAAUUAGUAGCUGCUUUCAACUAUGACAUGAUUGAUCAGAAUUCGAAUGAUCAUAACAAGAAGAAGAAGAUGAUGAUGCAUAGGGAAAACGAAAGACAAAGAAGGCAAGAAAUGGGUACCCUACAUGCCUCACUCAGAUCCCUACUUCCUCUUGAAUUUAUCAAGGGAAAGCGUUCGAUAUCUGACCACAUGAACGAGGCUGUGAACUAUAUAAAACACCUUCAGAGUAGGAUCAAGAGAUUAGAUGCCAAGAGAGCUGAAUUGAAGAAAUGUUCCAAUAUAAUUAGCACCACUGGCACUGACCAUGGGGCUACUACUGGAAGCUCCGAUGGGCGUUCGCCAAGCUGUUUGACGGUCCACCCAUGUUGUGGUGGAGUGCAAAUCGUGAUCAGUUCUAGGGGCUUCAUAUCUACAAAAGAUGGCUUAUCCUUGUCCUUCUCUAUCUCAAGGGUUCUGGAAGUGCUGCUUGAACAAGGGCUUGCUGUUGUUAGCUGUGUUUCCUCCAAAGGAAAUGACAGACUUCUUCAUACUAUCCAGUGCGAGGUAAAUGAUCUUGAAAGUAUUGAUCUUUCUGGCCUGGAGCAGAAACUAGCCGAACUAGUGUCUCCAUUUUCAUCCAGAUAUAUUAAUUCUAAGUUGAGAGCAGAGGAAGUGCUGCCUCUGCUCACCCAUGCAAUUAGUUCAGUGGUAAAUCAUGGAUGGGCCUUGCCCCUUGAGGCUUCAAUCCGAAACAAAUAG